ACCACCCAGGGCAUUGUAUACUUUGGCAAACUAAGAGAAACCCCAGUUAGCAACACCAGAAAUGGCUUCUGUUUCUAUGGCUAUGCCAAUUAUGUCUGCCACUCAAAACAGAACAAGCCAGCCAAGUUCAUUGUUGAAGUCUAUAAUCCCAGUUAGGCAGCAAAACAGGGCUGUGUCUGUGAAGCCAAAGUCUUCCACAGACAUGCUCAAAGUGCAGGCCUCUUUGAAAGAGAAGGCAGUCACAGGCCUCGCUGCAGCUGCAUUGACAGCUUCCAUGGUGAUACCUGAGGUGGCUGAGGCGGCCGGGGCCGGGGUAACCCCAUCUCUCAACAACUUUUUGCUUAGCAUUGCAGCUGGAGGAGUUGUGCUUGUAGGAAUUCUUGGAGCUGUUAUUGGUGUAUCCAACUUUGAUCCAGUUAAGAGAGUUUAAAAGAAGAGGUUGAGUUCUUAAACUGAAUUUUCUGCCUUUUCUCUACUAGUCUUCUUCAUGUUGUACCUUCUUGGUUAAGCUUAUGUAAUUAGUAUUAUGCUCAACGCUGUUAACUCAUAUAUGUAUUGCGCAACUCUGUUUCCAAUAAAGUGAAAUUUAAUUGUUCAGAACAAAUUAGAUAUG